AUGAUUUCCUAGUCAUUAGCAAGCAAUCAAACCUAUCAAGCUCUUUCAAGCAAGAAAAAACAAUAGCUUAAAUAUCAUAGUAGACAACCCUCAGGAGGUGGUCCUAAGUUUAUUAUGCCAAAAGAUAAUAGAAUUUACAACUAGGAUCUCAAUGAGACUAUAAUCAAGCGAUAAGUAAAUCAAUAGCAACAGCAAUACUAACAGCAAAAUUAUUCUCAAUAUGAGGAUGGUAAAAAUGAAACUUAGAUUCUAAGAGUAAAUAUGAUGCCAUUAACUGAUUCUUCUAUUAAAUCUAAUAAUAAAAAUACUUAAAAUGUCUCAGGACUUCAGAUUUCAUUUACAAACCAAUCUUAGUUCAACAAUGUUAACAGAUAGAAUAUAAACGAUUCCAAAUACCAAUUCGUAAAUCAGCAUCAAAACAUGUACAAUAGUGAUACUAAUCAUCUAGGACAAAAUAUGGAUAGUAAAAGGUCUCAGAUUUAUACUGAUAUCAAUAGUCAGACAAAUGAUUUGUACCCUUUUUCUCAGAAUGAGGAGAGAGAUGUAUAUUCAAACACUGAUAACAUGAUAGACAAUGUUUUUGGUGAAAAUGAGGUUGAUGAUACAGAAAUAGAGGAGUGCAAUUUCAUUGAAUUUCAUAGUGACACUAAUCUAAGCCCCCCUGGCCAGCUUAGACCUUUACCUCAAGUCAAAUCAAAUGAAAGAGUUUAAAGCAAAUCUUUCCUUGAUGAUGGAAUCUACAGAUAAAAUAUAAUCACAUAGAAUAUUGACAACACUGAAAUUCCAUAGAUAAGCAAUAACCAGUAAAAUUACAUUGGCUACAAUUCAUAGUAAGAGGAAAAGUAUCAAAACUAUCUUGAAAGGAAAAACUCCUUAUUUAAUGAAAGAAGCAACAUGCAAGAUUAAUCUACAUUCUCCACUUAUGACUAAAACAAUAAAAAUAAGAAUUCAUUUAUCUACUAAUCAAGGCCUUCCAAUGUGAGCAAAACUAAUACAACUAUGUGUGAGGAUAAAAAUUUCAAAACUUCCGUUGAUAUAACUUCUAAUAAAGAAAACAGUUCAUUUGUGGCAUAAAACUAUUAAGAAUUUGAAAAGUCAUUGCAAAAAAGCUUUUAAAAACAGAAGUAAAUUGAUCCAAAGCAACAAAAUACAAAUUUAAGUAAAAAUGUGUUUGACAUCUUAAUGGCUAAAUAAGUUGUAAGCGAGAACUCUUUUAGAUAUGACAACGAUCCUUCAACUAAUGCAAACUCUGCUAUAUAAUCAGCAACAAACUUAAGAAAUCUGACUUAAAAUGAAAGUUAGCAAGUUAUUAAACUUCAAAAUUUACAAUUCGAUGAUAUCAGAUCUUAACCUUAAUCUAAGUAACAGAAACAACCAUUAAAAUCUAGUAAAUCUACAUUUUCUACAGCUAAGCACUCUAGGAAAAAUAAUAAAAGCUUUGGCUAAGUAAACAUGUCAAAGUCAGGAAAUAAUACCAGAAGGUUGGGGGACAUUAAAUUUGAUGAUAAACUUGACAAUAAGAAUCCUAAUUAAUCAUUCUUAUCACCUUAACACAAUAAAAUAAUCUCGACAGAUAUACUUAGUAAUGACUUUGACGAUAUCAACUAACUAUCUUAAGAUUACAAAAGGAAGUAGUCGUAGUAGAGUCGACAAUCAAACAACAUGAAGGAAAAACAUAGCAUUAAUAUUGCUUCAGAUUCCUUUAUGAAAGUUUAAACGUUAGAGAUUCACAAGCUCAGAAUUUCAAAUGCUAAACUAAGAGACAAUUACUCAAGGUCAUAAAAACGAUUGAGAGAAGUUGAAUAGGUACUUCACAAGUACAGGAAAGAUUAGCAAGUUCAUGAUAUUGUUAAGCAAAAGGAUUUUCAAUAUAUUAUAAGGGCAGACUAACAGAUUGAGUACUACUAAGAGCAUUACAAUUCUUUGCUUAAUAAUUACAAUAGUAAGGUUUAAAAAAUUUCAUUAUUUAUUGUAGAGCAAAAAGAUGACAAUCAAAAAUGCAAAGAAAAGUUAUCAAACAGGGAUGCUCUAAUCCAGGCAACUAAGUUUGCCUUAGAUCAUGUAAUUGAAAAUGCGAAGUAAGAGGUCGUGGACUCAGAGAGCAGCAUGACGCUCCAGACAUUAUUCAACAUUAGAAAUCAAUUGCAACAAAUAUGA